AUGAAGUCCCUCUGGAUGCUCCUGGGUUGUGCGCUGAGUGCCCAUGCGGCAGGGGUUGACAAAUGUUGUGCUCAACUACAUCGGGAGCUCGGCAUAAAAAUCAGCUUUCCCGGCCAGACUGUUUAUAACGCCACGCAAGACACGUACUGGUCUCUGCAGGAGUCUGGGCUGAAGCCAGGCUGCAUCUUGCGACCCUCGGUGGCCCAAGAUGUAGCUCGGGCCGUCUCAGUCAUUACCGCGAAUGACGGUUGCCAUUUUGCAAUCAAAGGCCAAGGUCAUGCUCCCGCGGCUGGCUUUGCAAACAUAGACGGCGGCGUCACGAUCGACAUGACGGGCUUGAAUACCACCGCCCUGACCCAUGACCGUUCGGUUGUCAGAGUCGGAGCCGGAGCUGCUUGGCUUCAGGUUUAUCAAUAUCUUGAUCCUUUUAAUGUUUCAGUUGCUGGUGGGCGCAAUGGCCUGGUUGGUGUGGGAGGGCUGACCCUGGGAGGAGGAAUCUCACAUUUCACUACCCGUGUCGGGUGGGCUUGUGAUAAUGUCGACAAUUUUGAGAGAGGUCCAGUCUUCGAGGCCUUCACCGACAUUGCAACGUCCCCGAGCUUUGAUAUCUACGCCUCCCUCGUCACGGCGUUUCGCUAUAACUCUACUGUAAAAUCAUGGGCCAUCAGCAACUCGGCCGUGUAUACCCGUCCUGUAUCUCACCCGCCGGUGUUUGAUGGCAUUGCCGCCGUGCCCAGCGUUUCAAACAGUUCGCGGAUAACAUCGCUGGCUUCCUUUGCUGACGAAGCUCCCACACCACCCUUAAAUUGGCUUUUUUCCACGGUGACUUUGAAACCCUCCACCGAGUUCAUGCUCGAGGUGUUUGAUAUCCUCAACAGCACCUUGUACGCCGUCAACCCCCAGGGCGGCAUCGUGUGGGCCAUCGCCUUUGAACCACUCCCAUCGGCUGUCUCGUCUUACGCGGCCAACACCGGAGGCAACGUUCUCGGUACCCGACCCGAAGACGGAAAUAGUUACGUCAUACUUAUCUCGGCGCUCUGGCCGAACCCUGCGGCCAACACGGCGGCUGAAGAAGCCUCCCGCCAGGCUAUCUCCAGAAUCGAAUCCCGAGCCAGGGCAAAGGGACUGCUGAGGAAGUUCCAGUAUCUCAACUAUGCUGCACCAUAUCAAACACCUCUCGUUUCUUACGGCGCCAAGGAGUUUGAGUUCCUCAAGCGAGUGAGCAGCAAAUACGAUCCGCUCGCCUUGUUUCAAAGACGUGUUCCUGGGGGGUUCAAACUUUAG